GUGUCGGCCGUGGGCCAACCAAUAGGGAGCUAUUCAGGAGGCGGACCCGGCCUUUGCCAGGGUUGAGUGCGCCGCUGAGCGGAUGGCAGUGGGAGCCCAGCGGAUUCCUGAGGAACGCCGGCCAGCUGUUUCAGUGACAUCUGUUGCCACCCAUCAAUGUCAAGAUGACUAAGCUGGGAUUUUUGCGGCUGUCCUAUGAGAAGCAGGACACCCUUCUGAAGCUUCUCAUUCUCUCAAUGGCUGCUGUGCUGUCAUUCUCCACUCGUCUCUUUGCUGUCCUGAGAUUCGAAAGUGUCAUCCAUGAGUUCGACCCGUACUUUAACUAUCGGACUACCCGGUUCCUUGCCGAGGAGGGAUUUUACAAAUUCCAUAACUGGUUUGAUGACCGGGCCUGGUACCCACUGGGCCGGAUCAUCGGAGGAACGAUUUACCCAGGCUUAAUGAUCACCUCUGCUGCAAUCUACCAUGUACUCCAUUUUUUCCACAUAACCAUCGACAUUCGGAAUGUCUGUGUGUUCCUGGCCCCUCUCUUCUCUUCCUUCACCACCAUCGUCACGUACCACCUUACCAAAGAGCUCAAGGACGCAGGGGCGGGACUUCUGGCUGCCGCCAUGAUUGCUGUGGUUCCCGGGUACAUCUCCCGGUCAGUGGCUGGCUCCUACGACAAUGAAGGGAUCGCCAUCUUCUGCAUGCUCCUCACCUACUACAUGUGGAUCAAAGCGGUGAAGACUGGCUCCAUCUACUGGGCAGCCAAGUGUGCCCUCGCUUAUUUCUACAUGGUCUCUUCGUGGGGCGGUUACGUGUUCCUGAUCAACUUGAUCCCCCUCCACGUGCUGGUGCUGAUGCUGACAGGACGCUUCUCCCACCGCAUCUACGUGGCCUACUGCACGGUGUACUGCCUGGGCACCAUUCUCUCCAUGCAGAUCUCCUUCGUGGGCUUCCAGCCUGUCCUGUCAUCGGAGCACAUGGCGGCCUUCGGGGUCUUUGGUCUCUGCCAGAUCCAUGCCUUUGUGGAUUAUCUGCGCAGCAAGUUGAACCCACAGCAGUUUGAAGUCCUUUUCCGAAGUGUCAUCUCCCUGGUAGGCUUUGUCCUUCUCACCGUGGGAGCUCUCCUCAUGCUGACAGGAAAAAUAUCUCCCUGGACGGGGCGUUUCUACUCGCUGCUGGAUCCGUCUUAUGCCAAGAACAACAUCCCCAUCAUUGCUUCUGUGUCCGAGCAUCAGCCCACGACCUGGUCUUCGUACUAUUUUGACCUGCAGCUUCUUGUCUUCAUGUUUCCAGUUGGUCUCUAUUACUGCUUUAGCAACCUGUCUGAUGCCCGGAUUUUCAUUAUCAUGUACGGUGUGACCAGCAUGUACUUUUCAGCUGUGAUGGUGCGUCUGAUGCUGGUGUUGGCACCCGUGAUGUGCAUUCUUUCUGGCAUCGGAGUCUCGCAGGUGCUGUCCACUUACAUGAAGAAUCUGGACAUCAGUCGUCCAGACAAGAAGAGCAAGAAGCAGCAGGAUUCUACCUACCCUAUUAAGAAUGAAGUGGCAAGUGGGAUGGUACUGGUCAUGGCUUUCUUUCUCAUCACCUACACCUUCCAUUCGACCUGGGUUACCAGUGAGGCCUACUCUUCCCCCUCCAUUGUGCUGUCUGCUCGUGGCGGGGAUGGCAGCAGGAUCAUUUUCGAUGAUUUCCGAGAAGCGUACUAUUGGCUUCGUCACAAUACUCCAGAGGAUGCGAAGGUCAUGUCGUGGUGGGAUUACGGCUACCAGAUUACAGCCAUGGCGAAUCGGACGAUCUUAGUGGACAAUAACACGUGGAACAAUACCCACAUUUCUCGAGUAGGGCAGGCAAUGGCAUCCACAGAAGAAAAAGCCUAUGAGAUCAUGAGGGAGCUUGAUGUUAGCUAUGUGCUGGUCAUUUUUGGAGGCCUUACUGGGUAUUCCUCUGAUGACAUCAACAAGUUCCUGUGGAUGGUCCGGAUUGGAGGCAGCACAGACACAGGCAGACAUAUCAAGGAGCAUGACUAUUACACUCCAACUGGGGAGUUCCGUGUGGAUCGCGAGGGUUCUCCCGUGCUGCUGAACUGCCUUAUGUACAAGAUGUGUUACUACCGCUUUGGACAGGUCUACACGGAAGCCAAGCGCCCACCAGGCUUUGACCGUGUGCGGAAUGCUGAGAUUGGGAACAAAGACUUCGAGCUCGACGUCCUGGAGGAAGCGUACACCACAGAGCAUUGGCUGGUCAGGAUAUACAAGGUGAAGGACCUGGAUAAUCGAGGCUUGUCAAGGACAUAAACGUUUCUUCCAGCUCCGAUAUGCUUCACACUGAGUGCGUCUCACUUAGGACGCCGAAGACGUUUUUUAAACAUGCAGUUUAUAACAGCAGAACACGAUGUGAUUAGAAUUGUCUGGAAGUUUUGCCCUGGGCAGUAUGGGCUGGGCCAAAUGCAAUGAUUUUUAUAAUUCUGAGCAGGUUACCAAAUGAAAUGUCAUGGCUUUACUUUGGUCAAUUAAAGGGAGGGAAUUUUUUUUUUAAAUGUGCCUUAUUUGUUUUUACUUUUGACCAGCUUGAGGAACGCAGAAGUCUAUGGUGGGCUGACGGGGGGACAGAAAGCAGACCUCACCCAUGCUUUCGCUCCCUGAGUCAGCUCUGUGGGCAUUCCGUCUCUCUCGCAUCAGGAAAGCUGUCAAGGACUGGGUCAGAUCCUACAUACACUUCGUCAUUUCAAAAAUUGCAGCACUGAGCACAAUGCCUGCACACAGUGGGUGCUCAGUGAGUUCUUACCAACGGAAUAAAUGUGGGACUGAAGGAGGGCCUUGACUGGGCAGGGACGGUAGCUGCAUGCCGCCAUGUCUCUCUGCUCACCACACGUCUCGUCCUUGGGGGCGCUUUGACUCUAUGAAGGGGAAAGGGUGGCUAGCUGACCGGAUCUUAAAAACUUUCUUUGGGACUAGCAAGGGGUGUGUGUGUGUGUGUGUUUAUCAGGAAUAAAUCAAGUGAGAAUAAAUCAGCAGUUUUGAAGAUUCAAGGCAAACAGUGACAUUAUUCUCAUUCUAAGUGGAGGAAGAAACUCUUGCACCAUUAUGUAUAAAACUUGGUCAGUGGGUAUUUUUGAGUCAACUAAAGUAUAACCAUAUGUAUCUAUUUGAAAUCCAGCCCUUUAGUAUUCUCACUUAACCACAACAUAGCUCAUGUCUCUGCUCAUUUCCUUUAGUUUAUGCUCUAAAACUCUUGCAGUUAUGUAAAGGGGAGCUUCUUUAUCCUUUAGUCUCUGCCUGUUUGUUGUCCUUGUGUACCACUGUCUCAAUGAUCUGGUUCUGACGUUCUUGCCAAAUAAACUACAAGUGAGAAGGGGGGGGGUUGCUAUUAGUAGUAGCCUAAGAAUAGCGCUAGCCUUACUACAGUAGAGGGGAAGAGAAACGUGAAGAAAUAACUCAAACCACAGUAGUCUCGUGGGUACGUAAUGUCAGGAUAAACAGCUUUAUGUUCAGUAUAGUAGGACAUGCUAUAACACAUAUUAGUGAUGUAUAAAAACCUCAAGUCAUUUUAAAAAGUACAAGGUAACUGUUUACUGUUACCUGUUGAAGAAACAGGAGCAAUUACAUGGCUUUUAGGCAAAGCAAAAUGGUGCUCCCAGAGGGUAUACUCAGGUGUACUUACCCAGAAAACUUAUCCUUCCAAACCAAUUUAUAUACUAGAUUUAGAUUUGAUGUAAUAUUUGAUUUAUUAUAUGUAAAUACAUUACUUGAAUUAUAUGCAGAAUUUCUCCCUAGUGGAAAGGGUUAUUCUGAGUUUUAUUUUUUAAAUUUCUUUUUACCAACAUGAAUAAUAUCAUUUAGAAAUCAUUAAUGAUCUUCCUCUAUAAUAUAUAUGGUAUAACCCCUGAACUUACCACUAUAGCUGUUACUUUCUUUGAUAAUUUUAAUUUUGUUACUUUUUAGGCUGCACGAAGCUAUCUCUUUGAAAAAUUUACUUUUCAUUUUCAUUGUUAUAGUACACUUAGUGUAAAAGAAACUCAAUUCUAAAAAGCAAAACAGUGUUUUCUGAUUCUGGGAGACAACCUCUUUCAACUCCACUGAUUCUCACAUUAUUUACCUCCAUCUCCUUAAGUAAGUUGCUUUAUUUUGCUCUGUGUUGGUUUUUUUAAUCUUGGGUAUCAUCUGUUGACUUUCUGGUGUUCAAAGUGAAGAUUUAGCUCUCUUUCACCAUCCUGCUAUUCCCACAGACUAUUUUGAGAUUCUGUUAUAGUUACGAUUUUGGUUAGCGUGGUAGUUUUUGCCUUACAGUUUUUCACAACUAGGCCACGUGGUAUACUGUUACUACUUCACCCCACCCCACCCCCCGCCUAACUUUUUUGGAGGGAGUUUUUUUUUUUUGUGCUUGUCACUAAUUUCUCCCCAAACUCUCAUUUGUUCGUGCCAACUUCCUUUUAAUGUUUAGAUUCAUAAGGUAUGUCUUAGAGAUGUCUUCUGUUUGCUGGGUUCAUUUGGUUUACUCUGGGUUUGCUGCACACUUCUUGGGUGGGUGUAUCCUUUCACUGUCACAUUAUGUAUGUUAAUCCCCUGACUUCUUGAUUUGUCACCUCCAACUACCUCCCUGAGAAAGUGUGUGGGAGAUAAAGUUCCUGAGAUCUCUGUCUCCUCCUGCCACACUCAGUAGGUUGGCUAGGCAGAGGUCCAGGCUGUGAAUAACUUUUCCAUAGAAUUAUUUUGAAGGCAUUGGCUUGUUGUUUUCUCCCUUCUAAAUGUUGAGGAAUGCAAUCUGUUCUGAUUUUUUUUUUUUUUUUUGCAUGUGUACAUUCCCUCUCACUCCCACCCCAGGCCUCUUCAUAUGUAGUAUUUUGAAAUUUUUCCAGUGUCUUGGAGUGGCUUAUCCAUUGUGCUGGGUAAACUUUUAAGUAUGCAUGGAAAGCCAAGUUCUUCAGUUCUGGGAAAUUUCCUUGAGUUAUCUGUGGAUUUCUUCCAAUUUCGUUUUUCUUUCU